CGGCGUGGCGGAGCGCCGAGAGGAUCGAUCGGACUAGUAGCUCCGCGGACUCCGCCAUGUCGCUGCUGCCGCGGGGCCGCCGCUGCGAGGCUGCAGCCACGGCCGCCCGGCGGCUGCUGAUGGGGACCCGGGCACGGGUGUCUGGGAGCCAUGUGUGUAACCAAUACACAACAUCAGGUUCUUUGACAGAGGAAAAAAGAGAGUUUCUGCAAAGCGGACCAGACUUGCAAGACUUUGUAUCUGGGGAUCUGUCAGACAAGAGCACAUGGGCUGAGUAUAAAGGCAACUUAAAGCGUCAGAAAGGAGAAAGGCUGCGACUCCCUCCAUGGCUGAAAACAGAGAUUCCCAUGGGAAAGAACUACAAUAAACUAAAGAAUACCUUGAGAAGUUUAAAUCUCCAUACGGUAUGUGAAGAAGCACGUUGUCCCAACAUUGGAGAAUGCUGGGGAGGUGGUGAGUACGCUACAGCUACAGCUACCAUUAUGCUGAUGGGUGACACAUGCACUAGAGGUUGCAGAUUUUGUUCAGUGAAGACAGCAAAAAAUCCACCUCCCCUGGAUCCGGAGGAGCCUUACAACACAGCAAAGGCCAUAGCUGAGUGGGGCUUGGACUACGUUGUCUUAACGUCUGUGGACAGGGACGAUAUGCCUGACGGUGGAGCAGAACACUUUGCAAAGACUGUCUCUCAUCUGAAAGAAAGAAAUUCAAAGAUCCUGGUAGAAUGCCUCACUCCCGAUUUUCGGGGGGAUCUGCAGGCUGUGGAGAAGGUAGCGCUGUCGGGGCUGGACGUGUACGCACACAACGUGGAGACGGUGCCGGCGUUACAGAGGAAGGUCCGUGAUCCCCGAGCCAACUUUGAGCAGUCCAUACGUGUGCUGAAGCACGCCAAAGAGGUCCAGCCCCGCGUCAUCACUAAAACCUCCAUUAUGCUGGGGCUAGGUGAGACAGAUGAGCAAGUAUAUUCCACGAUGAAAUUGUUGCGGGAAGCAGAUGUGGAUUGUUUGACCCUAGGACAGUACAUGCAACCAACAAAACGUCACUUAAAGGUUGAGGAGUACGUAACUCCUGAAAAAUUUAAGUACUGGGAAAAAGUAGGAAAUGAUCUUGGAUUCCAUUACACUGCUAGUGGGCCGUUGGUGCGCUCCUCCUACAAAGCAGGUGAAUUCUUCUUGAAGAACUUGGUAGAAAAAAGAAAGACAAAAGCCAUCUGAAAAUACGAAUGAACCGUUUUAAAGCAGCCAGUUUCAAGGAUCCUCUUUUCAGCACGUAAUUAUGCGCAGUUCCAGAAAUGCAGAAGACCAGAUGGUGGAUGCAUGAAUAAACUUACUAUCUUUCCAGAACACACUUCUCCCACCAAAGUACUUGACAUUAUUUUACCUUGUUCCUUCUGGCAAGGCUACAACUACAUAGUACUUGUAGUGUUCAGCAGAAGAUCAGAAGAUAGAACUGUGUGAUAGGACUGUGACUGGUUUUGCAAAUGAUGGAAAUGAGGUGGAAGAAGUGUAAGCUGAAAAAAAAAUCUGAUUUAAGUAAACAGGUUUGAUACCACCGUCAGAAUUGCUGCUGUUUAUACUUGUGAAGGUGCUAAUAGUAAUGUGAAAGGUACUGGUAUUUUGGUGUAUCUUACCAUUAAGUAACAUGAGCUUGUAAGGGCUCUGGGAACCAGAGGCGUUCUAAAGAAAGCCUGUGCAUGACAAAGGACCAGAUUAGGGCUGUUUGAGCUACCUUGAGGUGUGUAAUAGACCUUUGAGAGACAGUAUCUCUUACCUGCAUCUUAAUGAGAUGUGCCAUUCUCAUAGCUAACAAGAAAAUCCCUUUUCAGGUGCUUGCAUGUUCUAAAAGCAUGAGCCUUGGUAAACACAAGGUAUCAAGUUGAAAGAAAGCAGCAGUCCUCUGUGGCAAGACAACCUUGUGUAGAUACCAUAGAAUUGAAACCACAUGGAAACUGAGUUGCCAUAGCAGCAUAAAUAUAGCCACCCCUAGCUUGGGUGCAUGACCAUAACAGACUCCACUGAGUUACACAGGUGCUGCUUUGGUAUGGGUCUGCAGGACUGCUGCUAUUCUGUACCGUGCUUCUGCUCCAUAGCUAUUGUCUGUCAUUAAAGGAGAGUUAAAAACCCA